AUGAGUAAAAACAAUUCGAUAAAUUCUCCUAUGCGCAAAAGCCCUAGAUUUUUGGGGCCCCCAACAAGCCCGAAAGUAGGGCCAAUUCCAAACUUCAAUUUACUCACUCAAACCCCGGUAAAAAAAGGAGGAAGGGAAAAGCAAGAUUCUGAUGAUGAAGGAUUGUUUGUUCAAAAUGAAGUUAGGACGAAAGUUCUAAACGAUCCAUGUAAUGUUGGUCCCACUAUUGUUGAAAUCAAAUCAACCCCCCGGAAUGAUUCCAAAAGGAAGCGAAAAGAAACGUCAACUAGUAAGUCAAAAAAAGUCACUGACGACUCUGAUUUCGAAGAAGAAACUGAGCAUCCUGAAGCCAAAAAAAGUAAGGUUGAGAAAGGUGGUGCAACACAGACUCAUUGGUGUUCUUACACCAACGUGGAAGCCGCACUUGAAGUUAAGGACCGCCUUAACGACGCGCAAUUGAAGCUGUUUAGGGAGUCCCCUUUUGGGUUAUUUCUGGAUUUGCCAAAGCUGAAUGUUCAGCCACAGCUAAUUCGAUGCCUGAUGUAUGCUGAGACAGAGCAUGAUAGGGAUGAUAUGUUUAUCAUCAAUUUGAAUGGGAAAGAGCUUCAUUUCGGCAUUAGAGAGUUUGCCAUUGUGACUGGUUUAAAAUGUGGCAUGGACAGCGAAUUUGUCUCGGACCCCGAUUCCCCCAACAGACUGAUGGAUAUUUACACUUUGACUUGGUUGAAAGCGGAUUAUCCAUGGGGAAAUGAUUGCUUCAAAGCGCUGUUGUCUUCAAUCAGUCACAAGUUGGCGAAUGAUCCAACCUACUAUAGGUUUGAGGGUUUUCCCUUGGCCAUUCAAGUAUGGUUUUAUGAAUGCUGCUCGAAGGUAGAUCCUACGGUUGCGACCCGUAUUGGAAACCACUUCCCUCGUAUUUUUAAUUGGCGAACAACUUCGCAAAGAGUCUACUUUUCCCAUCUGAAGAAGGGGAUGUUCAAAAAGUACAGCAAUCAGCUGGUUUUUACCAACAUUCUCCCAACAGAUGAGGAGAAGGUAGCUAUCAACUUUAUGGAGUUUCUAGAAGAGACAGCGGUCAAAGAUGUGUUAGAACCACAGGAUCCCACACAGUCGAGUCCCUCUGUACGUGGUUCUGAAUUUGAUGCGUUGAAGAAGGAAGUUGCAAAUGUCCGCAAAGAUCUUAAAUCAUUUGAGAAAAAGGUCGGUGAACAGUUUGUUGACAUGAAAGACUACAUGGACAAGUCAAUUAUGAAUUUACUUAAAGAUCUAAAGUCCAUGUUUGGCAGGCAAACUGAAACUCCUGAAGCUAAGAUGUCUGGCAGUGUUAAGGAUGUUACAAAAGAACCAAAGACAAGCAACAAGAAUGAUGGACUUCAGCACAACCUAUAUUUUCAUUUUGAUGAACCGAUAGGUGAUUUUGACAUUGGUGGGCAGGAUGUAAGUGAGCAAAUAUCCAAUCACAUUGUAGUAGAUGCAUCUGCUUUGAAGAAUGGGAUUAAUGCUUCUAUUCCAGUUGGUGAGCAAGUUGGAGAUGGUGAAGCAUGUGAUAAAUAUAUAGUUGACCCAGACGAAUUGAAGAGUCAUCCUAUUGAUACUCUGAUUUCAGAACAUAAUCUAGAUGAUGUGGUUGCUGGCAUUGAUAAGUUGGGUGCUUUGGGCAAUUCUGCCACUAAGACCCCUACCCUUGAUGAUUUUGAAAUGCCUCCAUUUACCGAGUCUCAAAUAGUAGCGAUUGAAACCAAAGGUGGUGACAUCGUUACACCUGAACAACAAGCAAGAAAUAGAAAUCCUGGACCGUAUGGUAAAUCACCAUACACUGAUUUUAGUUCAGGCGGCAGCAGCACAAUCAAUUGGCUUUGA